CUGUCCCGGAGGACUCAGCACUUGCUGCUGUAAUGGACGGUUGCUGAGGACCAACCAUAAAAUGCGGCCGGCGACUUCAGGCAGCUGUCAUACGGGGUUCGAUUACUGCUCCUGGCAGGGAGGAUUAGCCGAUGACGGACUGUUCCGGAGCAGAGCGAGAGCGGUCUGUUUCCCCACUCCCGGGGUUUAGCAGAUUGAUGGCUGUGUGAGGAGUUUCCGAUUGCCUGACUGUGCCCGUCUGGGUGUUGAUUGUUUGCUGGGUAACGGGGUGAUGGCCCAUUGCGUUUAUCCGAAGCCGGGAUCGAGCCCGGCCUGGGAACCGGGACGAUCGGCCUGUGAUAAACACGCCCGGGCCCUGCUGGCCCAGAUAAACCGCAUGAGGGCCCGAGCUGAUUUCUGCGAUGUGCAGCUGCAGGUGGAGGAACAGCUUUUCAGCGUCCACAAGCUGAUCCUGGCCGCUAGCAGCCCGUAUUUCGCAGUGUUGUUCGCAGGAGGGAUGCAGGAAGCCAGCAAAAAACUCAUCCAGAUCCAUGGCAUCGAGGCAGAAACCUUCCGCUUACUCCUGGAGUUUAUUUACACAGGUAUCAUCAAUGUCAGCAUAAAAAACGUACAAGAAGUGAUUCUUGCAGCAGAUAUGUUGCAGUUAACUGAGAUUGUGAACAUGUGCAGUGAUUUUUUAAAAGGGCAAGUUGAUCCCUCAAACUGUGUAGGAAUUUAUCAAUUUGCUGAGCAAAUUGCAUGCCACGAUCUUAUAGAGUUCAGUGAAAGCUAUAUUUAUGUGCACUUUCUGGAAGCUUGUAAAACUGAGGAAUUUAUGGGAUUAGAAAAAGAUCAACUGGUUAAGAUUUUAAAGAGUGAAGAACUCCACAUCGAGGAUGAAUAUCAAGUUUUCACGACUGCUAUGGAAUGGGUUCUGAAAGACAUGGGCAAAAGGAAAAAGUACGUGAUUGAAGUUCUGGAUCCUGUUCGCUUCCCUCUACUGUCUUCACGGAGGUUGUUCAAGUACAUUGAAGGUAUUCCUGAUUUUAGUCUACGUGUUGCUCUGCAGAAGUUGCUGGAGGAAUACAGGGAGGUCAGUAAACCUCAGAAAGAGACCAAGUUCUGCAAACUGUCACCUGCGUCAAAGAUUCGUCCCCGAAGGAAGGCCAGGAAGUACCUCUACGCUAUAGGUGGGUACACACGGCUUCAGGGGGGUCGCUGGAGUGAUAGCAGAACUCUCAGUUGUGUUGAACGGUUUGAUUCAUUCAGUCAAUACUGGACCACUGUAUCGUCCCUCCACCAGGCCCGAAGUGGGCUGGGUGUUGCAGUCCUCGAAGGAAUGAUCUACGUAAUAGGUGGUGAAAGUGAUUCCAUGAUUUUUGACUGUGCUGAACGAUAUGAUCCAGUUACUAAACAAUGGGCAGCUGUGGCCUCUAUGAAUUCUCCACGAUGUGGACUUGCUGUGUGUGCCUGUCAUGCUGCUAUUUAUGCUCUGGGAGGCUGGGUAGGAGCAGACAUUGGGAAGACUAUGGAAAGAUUUGACCCCUCUGACAAUAAGUGGGAAGUUAUUGGUAACAUGGUUGUCCCUCGUUACUUCUUUGGGUGUUGUGAAAUGCAAGGUUUAAUUUAUGUUGUUGGAGGUUUGAGUGACUCAGGGUCAGAACUCCGUUCAGCUGAAAUGUUCAAUCCUAUCACAAAGCGUUGGACAACAUUAGAUGAUAUGAAGACGAAAAGAGCCUAUGUUGGAGUAGCUGCUCUGAAUGACUGUGUUUAUGCUGUUGGAGGGUGGAAUGAAACUCAGAAUGCUCUGCGAACAGCAGAGAAGUAUUCACUUCAGGAGGAGAAGUGGUUUGAGGUUUCACCUAUGAAAAUGGCAAGAGCAGGUGUUUCGGUUAUUGCUGUUAAUGGCCUUCUUUAUGCAGUAGGAGGUCGAACAUCAGGUAGGGAUUCCUCAGCUCCUGUUACUCUGGACUCUGUUGAAGUGUAUGAUCCUCAUACUGACACAUGGAUGGAAAUCGGGAAUAUGAUAACCAGCCGCUGUGAUGGGGGAGUAGCUGUGCUUUAGCAGUUGAUUGCCUUUUGAUACUUUAUCAAAAUUACUCCUAGAUGGAGAAAAUCAGUAUGUCAAAUUGAACUAUCAUCACCUAUUUCCAUUGUGCUAAAGGAAGCUACCAUUGGGUUUCAAGUUGAGGACUCAGCGAAGAGCUGGUAACAUUAAUACUAAUACAAAAAAAAAGAUUGUGUUACUUACUAAAUGAAAUGUGUACACGUUUCAAUAAUUUCAUUUGAAAUAAACUUGAUUUAAUGAAAGAAGUGAAUUUCAACACAUGCCACAAUGAUCAGAACUCCCACAGUAACAGGUUUUCAUUUGACAAUCAGUUAUUAUCCAAGUUAAUGGCAGGGUUUUAAAAUUCUAAAAGCAAAUGCAAUUAACCAAAACAUCAAACAAUUGUUUUCUUAAAAGCUGUGUUUUUAUUUCAAUAAAGUGCAGUUUAGAAAAAUAAGAACUUGAAACAUCGUACAGUUUGUUGUACAAACCUCAAUUAGGGCUGUGGAUAUGUUCAUUGUGGUUUUCCUUGAAUGUAGCCAAGUGAAUAUUUCUGAUGGUACGGAGUGACUUAGCUGACUUAUUGCCUUUUUUAAGCGAUAUCCAGAGUCUGCACUAUACUUGAAGGUGGUUUUGCAUAUUACCGGUAUUUCGGCAUAAGUGCUAGCAGUAUUAGAUAGCUGAGCAGUGGUUUAUUACUUGGGGCUUUAUGUACCAAAUAAAGCUGUACUUUUCUCUAUGUGUGGAUUGAUAUAUACUGAUGGUUUCUUUUAUGUAUAUUUUCUUAAUAAAUGUAUUCAAGCAUAA